AGUCGGAAAUCCAGUCUAAUCCUUGGGCUGUUCCGAGUAUGAAGGAAAUUUCAAUUCUUCGUGAAACAUGUAGGAGAGACGUGUGGUGUUCUCUCAAGUGAAAAAGAAAACAUCUCGUGGCAAAUUGGCCCAUCAAAAGCAAAAAAAAGAAAAAAUGAGAAAAGUUUUAAUUCUCCCUCUGUGAUUUACGCGGAUGUUUAUAUUUAUUCCAUUUAUUCUCAAGUCUGAUUUUUUCUCUUUAAAAAAAGACGGAUAAAAUUCACCUGUCAUAGUUUUUCGUCCAACAAAAAUAGAAAUUGAAGGAGUUAACUGUCAAAAGUCGUCCAGAAUUACUCAACCGUCAACAAUAAAGCAGAGAGAUGGCUGAUGAUUCAAGUGUUCGUGUUGCUGUUCGAAUUCGACCGCAAGUGGCACGUGAAGUGAUUGACAUGUGUAGAGUCUGUACUCAAGUACCUCCAGGAGAACCCCAAGUAUUUUUGGGACCAGACAAGGCCUUUACUUAUGAUCAUGUUUUUGAUACAAAUGUUGGACAGAAUGAUAUUUAUGAUACUUGCGUUACACGACUUAUUGAAGGUGCAUUGGACGGUUAUAAUGCAACCGUAUUGGCCUAUGGUCAGACUGGAUCUGGCAAAACUUACACUAUGGGAACAGGAUUCGAUGUUGAAAUUGAUGACAGUAUUGUUGGCAUCAUUCCCAGAGCCAUUAAACAUCUCUUUGAAGGUAUUGUUGAAAAGCAAUCAUACGCCAAGGAUCGAGCACAAUUGCCUCCAGAAUUCAAGAUAACAGCUCAAUUUUUGGAAUUGUAUAAUGAGGACUUGAAGGAUCUUUUGGAACCGGGUGGACCGCGAGGUGGUGCACGUAUUCACGAGGACACUGCUGGAAAUAUACAUUUGACCGGUGUCGAGCCAAGAGUUGUGACAAGUCCCGAGCAAGCAUUAGAAUAUUUGAGAUUAGGUGCUCUUUCGCGAACAACAGGAUCAACACAAAUGAAUACUCAAUCAUCGAGAUCACAUGCAAUUUUUACAUUACACGUGAAACAACAAAGGUGCAUUAGAAUUGAAGAUCCGGACGCUGAUGUCGAUACAACCGGAAAUGAACCGAUGAAUGAAUUUGAAACGCUAACAGCGAAAUUUCAUUUUGUCGAUUUAGCCGGGUCGGAGAGGCUCAAGAGAACUGGUGCUACAGGAGAUAGGGCUAAGGAAGGAAUUUCCAUUAAUUGCGGACUACUCGCAUUGGGUAAUGUAAUUUCGGCGUUGGGCGACAAAUCAAAGAAAGCACUUCACGUACCCUAUCGUGAUUCGAAACUAACGAGAUUACUUCAAGACUCUCUAGGUGGUAAUAGUCAGACCGUAAUGAUCGCUUGCGUAUCCCCGAGCGAUCGUGACUUUAUGGAAACUUUAAGUACCCUCAAAUAUGCAAAUCGAGCAAGAAACAUAAAGAACAAGGUGACCAUCAAUCAGGACAAGAGUUCAAGGACAAUCGCGUCGCUUCGCCGGGAGAUACAGCAGCUUCAACUUGAAUUAUUAGAAUAUCGACAAGGUAAAAGAGUCGUCGGGGAAGAUGGAAUUAAUGACGCUUGGCACGAGAAUCAAAUGCUUAAUAAUGAAUUACAAAGUUUACGAACUAGAGUUAAAGCUCUGACGGAAACAAUUGAAGCUCUGACUGCGAAGAAUUCAUUGCUUUUGGCGGAAAAAGCAGCGGGCCACUGGCUGGCUUCAGGGGGUGGAGAUGUGACAAGUUUGGUUCAAGAAUACCUGCAGGAAAUCGAGGAAUUAAGGGCCAGAUUACUUGAGGCUGAAGCCAUGUAUCAGCAAUUAAAACGAAGAAAGGCGCAGAUAAAUGCAGUGAAUCCUUACAAUAAUGACACAUCGUACGUGAUUAAUAGCGAUUCGUCGUCAGUUUUAAACGACGCGAAACGUGAAUUACAAAAAGAAAGGGAUCUCUUGGCGACUUUAAAAGAACAACAAACACUGAAUUCGACAAUGAGCAGCAGGGAAGGUGACGAGGGCGACAAUGACGACACUGAAAAUGGCCAGGAUUCAAUGAGCGAGGAUGAAUCCGACGAUGAUUCCGAUCGUAAAGAAAAAUAUAAUUGUCGUUUGGCAGAAGAAGACGAAGAGGAAGAGGCAAUGGGAAGGGAACUCGAGGCUCUAACAUCCGACAUCGAUGUAAAGCAGAGACUAAUUCAAGAAUUAGAAUUAUCACAGAGACGUCUUCAGACAAUGAAACAACAUUACGAGGAUAAAUUGUCCCAAUUACAGGCGCGAAUUCGUAAUACUCAGGACGAAAGAGACAAGGUAUUGACGUCCCUUCAACAACAACCAACGCCACAAACCGAGAAGGUACGAAAAUUACGCGACGAAUAUGAAAAGAAAUUAACGUCAAUGCAAAAGGAGAUGCGUGUUUUACAAUCGGCGAAAAAGGAGCACGCACGUUUACUCAAAAGUCAAACGCAAAAUGAAAAUCGUCUCAAGGGUUUGCGUAAUGAACUGGCCGAGAUGAAAAGAGCGAAAGUUAAACUUUUGAAUAAAAUGCGUGAGGAGGCGCAACGACACAAGGAAAAUGAAUUGAAACGUAACAGGGAAAUUGCUCAAUUGCGUAAGGAGAGUCGAAAGAAUGCGAAUAUGAUUCGUACACUAGAGGCUGAUAAGAGAAUGAAGGAGGUUGUAUUGAGACGUAAACAGGAGGAGGUCACCGCAUUGAGAAAAAGAGAUCGUGGUCUCAGUCAAAGAGUCGCUGGUCGAACAAUUGUCAAGCCAGUAAAUCCAAAAGUUCUCAAACAACGUUGGCAAACUCUAGAAAGAACGAUAACAAAACAAGCACUCGCUAAACAGGCGGCCGUUGAAACUGAACGCGAAAUGGAAAGACUUCUUCAGGAUCGAGAAGAAAUGGGAAGAGAAUUGGAGAGACUUCAAAAAUCGAAGAAUAAUCCAAAAGUCGAAAUCGUUGAUGUCGAUGAGGAAAUCGAUAAUGUUAAGAGUAAAAUAAGUUAUCUUCAAGAUAGCAUUGCCGAGUGUCAGAGGGACGUUGUCGAGAUGGGCGAAGGCGAUGGAGAAUACGUUGAGGAGGCUGGUGUUGAUUCUCUAAUUGGAAAUAUAAAAUCGGUUGAAGAGGCUCAGUACUUAUUACAAAAAAUGCUCAGUUUUACUGUCGAACAAAGCUAUGUGGCCGCUCAAAAGCAACUUGAGGUUAGGGACAUGGAAUCGAGACUGAAUCAAGUUUCCCAAGAGAGUGACGUUCAGCAUCAACUACUUGAACACGUUCUUCGUGACAGGGAGUUUCUUUCUUUCACAAAUAUUCAUAAUUCCGUGCCUGCGUACAGUCCUCCAAGUUCGCGAAGUUCCUCUCCCGAUACGGAAAAUUGCAAUCAAGUAAUCACUGGUGAGAAGCCAAAGAACAAUAAAAUUCGCCGAAGAACAACACAAACUCAGGAACUUUUGUACGGAAUAAAUCCCGGUACCGAGACUCCAAAAGUUGAGGAUCAAAAUCAAAAUCACAAUCAUCCUUUAACUAGAGUUCCCAGUGCUCCAGGAAGUCUCAAAGGUUUGAUUCUAACGAGAAAUCAAUAUGGAACUGGGAUAACUGGGGGUUCGCCAACUUUAAAUCGACGAGAUAGCACAUCUCCGAGACCUUUGAGGCGUCCUCUACAUCCGGGCGGAGGCUCCAUGGAGCAGGUUUCACUUCUGGAUAUUUCUUCGCCUCCUGGAUCACCGACGACCUACAGACGUUUCAAUAGUCGGGAGGAAAAUGUAUUCUCAAGAUUGACGGCUAGUCGACAGCCGCUACCAACCGAUCCACAACCAAGCAAGGGUGUCAUCUCACAAUAUCAGGGAAAGACUGCACCCAGGUCCGUUUUACAAUGUUCUCAUGUGGCUGAAGGACACAGUAAAGCAGUUUUGACUAUUUGCGCAACUGACGAUUUACUAUUCAGUGGUUCGAAAGAUCGAACGGUGAAAGUUUGGGACCUGACGACCGGUCUCGAAAACAUGACACUUGGCGGACAUCCAAAUAAUGUUGUCGCUGUGAAAUAUUCGGCGAUUCAUAAUCUUCUGUUUAGCGUUUCUGCUGCUUAUGUCAAAGUUUGGGACUUGAGAUCUGGAAAUACUUGUAUAAAGACAUUGUAUUCGUCCGGUCAGACGCAAAGUGGUCCAAUUCCACUGUCAACGCCGUCACGAAUUCUCCAAGUGCCUGUCGGUGAAAAUACAAUAAAUGAUCUUGCCCUCGGUCUCAAGGAUCAGGAGCUCUACACUGCUUCGAGUGAUAAAGUGAGAAUUUGGGAUCUACGGAAAUUAGCGUAUACAGGAAGACUCAGUACACCGCAUACUGCGGCCGUAAUGUGCUUGUCAAUUGCCGAGGAUGGACGCGUCAUUGCCGGAAGCAAGGAUCAUUUGAUUUCUCUCGUUGAGCCCAAUAUGUCCGGACAAUCCGUCAGUCUUGCUCCGCCUCAUUACGAUGGUGUCGAAUGUUUGGAUACUUACGAGUCCACCCUGUUUUCUGGUUCGAGGGACAUGUGCAUAAAACGUUGGGACUUGAGUCAAAUGGAAUUGGUACAAUCGAUAAAUAAUGCCCACAAGGAUUGGAUAUUGGGCCUGUGCAUUGUAAACAGUGGAUCGGUGAUGGUAUCUGGAUGUCGUUCGGGUUUACUUCGAGCCUGGUCAGUACCGAAGGAUACAGAAUCAGAAUGCUCUCUCUUGGGUGAGAUUCGAGCUCAUAGUACGGCAAUAAAUGCAGUUAUAUCAAAUCAACAAAAUAUUUUUACCGCCAGCAACUCUGGCGAAGUGAAGCUGUGGCGAAUUCCCGACUCCUCCUUGACUAUGUCAAUGUCCACAGUCUCCCUUUAAUUUAUUGUUCUUUUUUUUCUUUCAUUAUUAGCACUUUAUUAAUUAGCUUUUGUUUACGAUUUUUUUCCAAAUUAGCAGCAUGCAAUUAAAACACGAGAAUGCUUUAAGCACUAUUUGUGUAAAAAUUGCUAAAAAUAUUAGGAAAAUUCAUUAAUAUCAGGAAGUAAAGUUUAAUGUAGGUGACAAAGGAAAAAAUAUUGUUUUGAUUUUAUUUUUAAUCAUAGAUUCUAAAUUCAUCGAUUUCUGCAAUAUUUUUUAUUUCUUUUUGUUAACUUUAUUUUUAUGAUCGCUGUGAAUUUUGCCA